AUGGCUUCCAUCUCGGACCUCGUCAACAAGCAUCGCCCGGAUCUGGCGGAAUAUGAGGAACUGUACAAGUACUAUCAUGCCAACCCUGAGCUAUCAAACCAGGAGAGUGAAACCGCAGCACAUAUUUGCAACUAUCUGCGCGAGAAGAUAUCAUCCGACUUUGAUAUUCGAGCCAACAUUGGCGGUCACGGAAUUGCAGCUCUGUUCUACAACGGCUCUGGUCCCACUGUGCUUCUACGCGCCGACUUUGAUGCUCUGCCAGUGGAAGAGCGCACCGGUCUGGAAUAUGCUUCCAAGAAGCGCAUGCGUGAUGCCGACGGCGUUGAGAAACCUGUAAUGCACGCUUGCGGACACGACAUGCACAUUACGUCUCUGCUUGCUGCCGCACAAACUCUUGUCUCGGCCAAGGACUCAUGGUCGGGUACUCUCCUUCUAGCCUUUCAACCAGCCGAAGAACGAGGUACUGGAGCAAGAGCCAUGGUCGACGAUGGGAUGUACGACCCAAAGAAGCACAAUGUCCCAAUCCCAGACGUCUGCCUGGGAGGCCACGUCGUACCCUGGCGAGCAGGACUGCUCGGCACACGUCCCGGCCUGAUUGCCACAUCUGCGGACUCUAUGCGCAUCACUCUCCACGGCCGCGGUGGUCACGCCUCAAUGCCAGACCGGCUCGUCGACCCCGUCGUAAUGGCCGCCUCCACAAUUAUGAAACUCCAAACCAUUGUAUCCCGAGAAGUCGACGCCUUUGACACAGCAGUUGUGACAGUGGCCAGUAUCCAGGCCGGAGACGCAGAAAACGUUGUAGUAGACGAUGCCCGCAUCGCAGUCGACGUUCGAGCAGUAAAUGCCAAAACCCGAGAAAAGGUCUUAGCUUCUGUCCGCAGAAUCGUGAAAGCAGAAUCUCUGGCUUCGAAUGCGGUCAAGGAACCCACGAUCCAAAUCACUAGGAACUUCCCACUCACUAUCAAUGACGAAGCCACCACGAAAAAACUCGCGGAAUCUUUCUCGGCGCAUUUCCCGAGUAUUAAAGACAAUGCUUCCGGGUUCAAUUCUUGUUGUGAUAAGUUGAGUGGGUCAGAAGAUUUCUCGAUUCUCGGGACAGCGGUUGAUAGACCUUGUUGUUUUUUCAUGUAUGGAGGAACGCCGCAUGAGAAGUGGGAUCAGGCGGAAAAGGAAGAUAGGUUGAGUGAGAGCAUUCCGGUCAAUCAUUCCGGACUUUUUGCGCCUGCAAUUCAGCCUACGUUGACGACUGGGGUGGAUGCUUAUGUUGUUGGCGCGUUGACGUUUUUGGGGAGGAAGUGA